CCACCACCUGUUGAAGUAAACCAACAACAACCACCUGUUGAACUAAGCCAACAACAACAACCAGUUGAACUACAAAAACAACAAACACCUGUUGAACUAAACAAUCAACCACCACCUGUUGAACUAAACAAACAACAUCCACCUGUUGAACUAAACAAUCAACAACCACCUGUUGAACUAAGCCAACAACAAAAACAAUCACCUGUUAAACUAAACAAACAACAGCCACCUGUUGAACUUAACAAACAACAACCAGUUGAACUAAACCAACAACAACCAACUGUUGAACUUAACAAACAACAACCAACUGUUGAACUUAACAAACAACAGCCACCUGUUGAACUUAACAAACAACAACCAGUUGAACUAAACCAACAACAACCAACUGUUGAACUUAACAAACAACAACCAACUGUUGAACUUAACAAACAACAACCAACUGUUGAACUUAACAAACAACAACCAUCUGUUGAACUUAACAAACAACAACCAACUGUUGAACUUAACAAACAACAGCCACCUGUUGAACUAAACAAACAACAACCA